GCAUUGUGUUGUGUCCGAUCUAAAACCAAGGGUUUUAUUAUCUCUCUCUCUCUCUCCCGAGCUUCGCCGUUGGGUUAACGACUACCGUUGAAUUGAUAUCUUCCUCUCCUUUCUGAUUCCGAUUCGAUUCGAUUCGAUUCGAUUCUCUCUCCCGAUUUUUUAGGUUCGCGGAUAAGCAAAGACACAAAGUUACUCUCUCUUUCGUUGUUUCUGCUUGGAAAGUUUCAAACUUUUUUCUAGAUUCUUAGGGACAUUCAGUUAUGAGUACAUCAUGGGCAGACGUGGCUGAUUCAGACAACGCCGCCGCUUCCAGGGCGAAACCUGCUUACGUUCCCCCUCAUCUUAGGAACAGACAACCAGAGCCUGCUGCUGCUCCUUUGCCAGGAAAUGACCGUGGAGGAUACGGUGGUCAACCGUCUCGCUGGGCUCCUGGAGGUGGUGGUGGAGGUGGAGGUGGUUACAGGGCUGAUGCAGGUCGUACCGGCUAUGGUUACGGUGGUGGACGAGGAAGUACUGGUGGUGGUUGGAACAACAGAGGUGGAGGAGGAGGAUGGGACCGUGAAGUGAAUCCUUUCGGAGAUGAUGUUGAUGUAGAGCCAGCCUUUACCGAGCAGGAGAACACCGGCAUUAACUUUGACGCCUAUGAGGAUAUUCCCAUUGAGACCAGCGGAGGAGACGUGCCUCCUCCUGUUAACACAUUCGCGGAGAUUGAUCUUGGUGAGGCGUUGAAUCUCAACAUCCGGAGGUGCAAGUACGUGAGGCCGACUCCCGUGCAGCGUCACGCCAUUCCGAUACUGCUUGCUCAGAGGGAUUUGAUGGCGUGUGCUCAGACGGGGUCUGGGAAGACCGCUGCUUUUUGCUUUCCGAUCAUUAGCGGAAUCCUCAGAGAUCAGAAUCCGCAGAGGCCUCGUGGUUCGCGGACGGUUUACCCUCUUGCUGUCAUCCUCUCGCCAACAAGGGAGCUGGCAAGCCAGAUACAUGAUGAAGCCAAAAAAUUCUCCUACCAAACUGGUGUGAAGGUUGUUGUUGCUUAUGGUGGAACACCUAUUAACCAGCAGCUCAGGGAACUCGAGAGAGGAGUUGACAUCCUUGUGGCAACUCCUGGCCGGUUAAAUGAUUUGCUAGAGAGAGCUAGAGUCUCAAUGCAGAUGAUUAAGUUUUUAGCCCUUGAUGAGGCGGACAGGAUGCUGGACAUGGGGUUUGAACCACAAAUUAGAAAGAUUGUUGAAGAGAUGGACAUGCCUCCACGUGGGAUGAGACAAACAAUGUUGUUUAGUGCAACGUUUCCUAGGGAGAUUCAGAGACUCGCAGCUGAUUUUCUGGCAAACUAUAUAUUUUUGGCUGUGGGAAGGGUGGGUUCAAGCACUGACUUAAUCGCCCAAAGGGUUGAGUUCGUCCACGAGUCUGACAAGAAAAGCCAUCUCAUGGAUCUGCUACACGCCCAGAGAGAUACUGGCAACCAUGACAAGCAAUCAUUGACAUUGGUGUUUGUGGAGACGAAGAGGGGAGCCGACUCAUUGGAAAAUUGGUUGUGCAUGAAUGACUUUCCAGCAACCACCAUUCACGGUGACAGAACACAACAGGAAAGAGAAGUGGCACUGAAGUCAUUCAAAAGUGGGAGGACACCCAUUCUGGUUGCAACAGACGUGGCAGCACGUGGGCUUGACAUUCCACACGUGGCUCAUGUGGUGAACUUCGAUCUACCAAAUGACAUUGAUGACUAUGUUCACCGCAUCGGAAGAACAGGACGUGCAGGCAAAUCAGGCGUAGCAACUGCUUUCUUUAAUGAGAAAAAUGCACAACUGGCUAGGCAGCUAGCUGAGCUGAUGCAAGAAGCUAAUCAAGAGGUACCUGAGUGGCUCACGCGAUACGCUUCACGUGCUUCAUUUGGUGGGGGUAAGAAACGGUCUGGUGGUCGGUUUGGUGGCCGUGACUUCAGAAGGGAAGGCUCUUAUGGCGGUAGGGGAGGAGGUAGCGGUGGCAAUGACUACUAUGGAGGAGGAGGAGGAGGAGGUGGAGGCUAUGGUGGUGGCGGAUACGGUGGCGGUGGGUACGGUGGUGCUCCAAGUGGUGGCUAUGGUGGACAAGUGACCAGUGCUUGGGAUUAGCCAAUUAAAAAGGCUUCCCAAAUUUUCAUCCUUUUUAACUUUUGACUCUUCUUAUUUCGUCUCUUCUAUAUUCCCAAGAGAGCACAUGUAUUACUCAUCUAGGUGAGUUUCUGUUUUUUGUUUUCAGGCUAUAGACAGUAGUGUUUUUCCGAUUUUGAUCUUGUUCUUGGUUUCUUCUAACAACUUCAUUUGUUGGUUUGAAAUCCACUUUGUUCUUGUUGACAAUCUUUCUUGGUGAAAUACAAUCUCUCUUUAUAUC